UUUUCGCCAGGUUCCCUGCUGUCUUAUGGCUGUGAGCCAGGCUACACUGCAGAUGGCCCCACCGCCAUCAUCUGUACCAGUUCUGGAGUCUGGUCCCAUCAGCCACCACGGUGCAUCAGAAGCACCGUGUGUUCACCCCCGACCGAACCAGAGAACGGGGGCUAUCGCUGCCACCCAUCUCCCUGCCACAGCCUCACCCAGAAGACCGUCAUUGAGUACUUCUGUGAUGAAGGCUACGCGCUGAAGGGAGACUACAAGUUCCUCACCUGCCAGAAUGGCGAGUGGGACGGCCCCAUGCAGAUUAGCUGCCGACUCACACAAGACAAGGAGCCAAGCUCUCCGCUGGGUAUUCCGGCUCUGUCUAUUGUGGCAUCCACAGCUAGCUCUGUGGCACUCAUCCUGCUUUUAGUAGUGCUCUUUGUUCUUGUGCAGCCAAAACUCAAAUCCUUCCAUCACAGCAGGAGGGAGCAAGGAGUCUCAGGCCAGGCUAGCUCCAUCAUGGUGGAGGGUGUCCAGGUGACACUUCCCUCCUAUGAAGAGGCCGUCUAUGGAAGCAGUGGGCCCUGCAGUGCUUCUGGUCCUCCUCCUUCUCCACCACCUCCUCCGGGUCCUCCAGAGUCUCGGGUCCCCAUCGUGCUCUCUGAGGAGCUUCCUCAAGGGGCCACGGGAGGCCAAGGCCCCAGCAGAACCCGUCACCACAGAGACUUAAACUUCUGUCUCCCAUCCACCUCGUCCUCCUCCUCAUCUUUCUCCUCUCACCGUCAUGCAGAGACGGUACUGGUUCAUCAGGCCCCUUCUUCAUCCUCCUCUUCUUCAUCAUCAUGGGUUAGAGAGCACCCUGGGGGUGCAUUCGCAGGCCCCCUACCUCUCCGCAGAGACUCUGAGAGCAGUGACCAGCACAGUCUGCUUUCUGUUACCUCUGCGGAUGAGUUUUCCGAUGAUAUUCCCCUUUUGAAGGAAGCAUGAAGCCUACCAGCCUGCUAUCGGCAUCAGCAGCAGAGCCCUUCUUCCCCUAUCUCUCACUGCUGACCAAGACUGACUGUGGCUGACAACCUAUUUUCCCCGACUCCCCUCAGCAGCCAGCAGAGAAGGACCUGAAAUAUGCCCGUUCCCCAUUGCGACCUCUUCUGCUAUUGUUACCCACGCAGAGCAAAGCCAACAACCGAUACUCACUUCUUCAUAAGCAAUGAUGGAGCACCACUGGACCCAGCUGCUGGAUCAAGCUAAAGACAAGCCAGGCAAACAAAGUGGUGCCAGCUCAGCAUAAAUCCUGUAGAUCCUAUGUAUAUGAGUCAAACAUACAUACUGAAUCAAGGUUGUGUACUAUAGGCUAUAUAUUACCAUACGCUUGCCUAUUCCCAGGCGGAGCUCUCUGUGUUAACAUUGUUAACAGAGUCUUCAUCAGAGAAGACUCUAGCAAUCAAAACAUGUCAGGUUUGUUUGGGGUUACUACAGAGAAAAAAAAUAAAAGAACUUGUGAGGUUUGCUCCUGAUGCUGCAGUGCUCAGAAUCAGAAUCGUCUUCCCGCUGUACUUGAAAAGUUGUGAGUGAGGGCUGGAUUUUUGCGGCCCUCUUUGUGACUGCUGCAUGUUGUUUUUAGUUAUUGCUGUCAGAGCACGGUGGCCCACUCUGAAUGAAGCAUGAAGCCUCCACUGUCUCUCCCUCUCUCUCUCUAGCUGUCUGGAUAUCUGUGUAUCUGGUUGGUGUCUAGCAUAUGGAUUAGUGGGACUGAAAACCACUUCACUGGAGCUAAAAGCAGGGUGCAAAAUUUUACAAAGCACCAUAUCACAACUAUAAAAAGACCCGCUCCUUUCUUUUCUGUUGCUCGCAGCACCCAGUAUCUGGAAUCUGUUGCACGAGUGGGAUUGAUUGGUGAUUUGGUUCCAGGACUGUGCUACACAUGUAUAAGAAGUCGCAUUUUGUCUCAAAAGCCAAGGAGAGGGUUGUCUUUCAACAGAGUGUUUGGCCGCAUGACUAAAUUUUAAGGUUUUAUUUUUUUCCCCAUGCAGUUCAUUUUGUUUGGUUUAGUUUGACUUGUGUUUACAUUGAGUUGCUGAAAUCUGAGUUCAUGUGCAUGUCAACGAGCUGAAGAGGACAUGUCCACAUAUGGCAGGCAUUGAUGCAGACAUUUCCUGAUUUGCCUGUCUUCAGAUUAGAGGCUGGCUUUGCAUUGUCCCUGUCUUUCACCAUAG